GAGAAGCUGAACUUUCACUGGCAGGCAAUCGGAAAGGUUUAAAACAGCAACUCAACAUUUGAACCAUUUAAUUGAGAGCCCGUCUGUCCAAACUUUUCCUGAACGGCGCACACGUGAAUUAAAGAAUGACGUUAUCGACUAUUUCGGAUGAAGCAGAAGCAUUAAAAGAAGAAGCUAACAAAUUUUUUAAAGAUGGGGACUAUGAAAAAGCCAUCGAUGCAUACACGAAGGCGAUAGAAAUUCGGGAGACUGCUGUUUAUUUGGCCAACAGGAGCCUCGCUUAUCUUCGUACAGAGUGUUUUGGCUAUGCCUUGGAUGAUGCUUCUAAAGCUAUAUCUUUGGAUAGUUCUUAUGUGAAGGGUUAUUAUCGCAGGGCAUCUGCACAUAUGGCAUUAGGUCAGUAUAAGGAGGCAUUAGCAGACUACGAAACUGUUAUUCGAGUUGCACCUAGUGACAAAAUGGCUCGUGAGAAGUUGACUGAAUGCCGGAAAAUAAUUCGUCGCAAAGCAUUUGAAAAAGCCAUUGCAGUAGAAGAUCAGCCGUCCCCAUUAGAAUCUUUUGAUCUGUCAACAAUUACUGUAGAAUCUAGUUACGAUGGUCCACACUUAGAACAAGAUAGCAAUGGAAAAUACUUUGUCACGGAGUCGUUUAUGUUGGCUUUAAUGGAGCACUACAAAUCUCAGAAAGUAUUACACAAGAAAUAUGCCAUUAUAAUAAUGAAAGAUAUUUUCUUAUUUCUUCGCGGUUUACCAAGUUUGGUAGACAUUAAAGUCCCAGAACAGUCUAAGUUUACUGUUUGUGGGGAUAUACACGGUCAGUUCUACGAUCUUAUGAACAUAUUCAAAAUUAACGGGCUUCCGAGCAAAGAUAAUCCUUACGUAAGCAAUAUUACUUUUAGGAUUUGUUUCUCUAGUUGUUCAAUGGUGACUUUGUUGAUCGGGGAUCGUUUUCCGUGGAGUGUAUUUUCACCUUGUUCGGGUUUAAGCUUCUCUAUCCAGACAAGUUUUAUCUUUCCAGAGGUAACCAUGAAUCCGAACACAUGAACAGACUUUAUGGCUUUGAAGGUGAGGUAAAGUCAAAAUAUUCUUCUGAAGUGGCCAAUAUGUUCACGGAUAUAUUCAACUGGUUACCUCUAUGCCAUCUGAUUAAUGAAAGAAUUCUGGUUAUGCAUGGUGGAUUGUUCGAACGCGAUAAUGUUACAUUAGAUGAAAUAAAAAAGGUGUCUCGAAAUCGUCAACCUGACGAAGGCACUAUAAUGUGUGAAUUGCUAUGGUCUGACCCAAUGGAGGCUGAAGGUCGAGCCCAUUCUAAACGUGGAGUCGGUUGUCAAUUUGGUCCUGAUGUCACUAAAAAGUUCUGUAAGCAAAAUGGUCUAGACUAUAUUAUUAGAAGUCAUGAAGUAAGUGCAUUGAUCAUCAAGUGUUCUGUUUUCAAAAUACCCUAAAGUUGCUUGAUUUACUCUAAAAUUAAAAGUCCAAUCUCUUCUCUCUCUAGAUCCCAGCGUAAUCGUUCAUUUGAUAAAUAUAGCAAUCCAACAUAGUUUAAUCUCCGUGUAUCUAGAAAUCCCCAUUGUUCAUUGGUGUAGGAGUAGUUUGCAGAAAAGCUAGGGGCUGCCAUACUAUAUCAGUCCUUGAGGCCAUUAACUGUGAGUUUGCGCUAUGUUAGUAGAUGCCGACUACCUGAUUAGGCUCUGUGUGAUAACUGCAAUCAGUGGUGCAGUUGCACUCAAUUUUUGAAUUCCAGUUUCCGUCCAUAUGUACUUCUCCAUUCUGUCUCUCCGAACCCUAUUCUCAGUGAUGAGUCAUUUUCCUUGUCAUUGCUACUACUUUACUAUGGUCUCCUCUGCUAUGCAUCUUGUUAAUUUCAACUCGUCUUACUAAUGCUGUAUGACAAAUUAGGUCAAAAUAUAUCUGUGCCAGACUGUACAUUGAUGAUAACUGACUGGAUGAUCUUCAACAGCAAACUCGUGAUCUUGUUGGUGGUGUAGGACUAACUUUGAAAAUUGGAAUAGACAGUUGUCGUUUCGUAUUUCAGUAGACGAUGAGGGUAGUAUAUCUUGAGAGGAGCAGUCUAGUUAAGAAAAUACAGCCAAGAAGAGUUCUUUCAGUUGAAGAUAUUCCUAUAAUAUUUCUUAUAAAAAGAUAAAAGAGAACUACAUAUGGACUGUCACAUGUUUCUAUUCUGAGCCAUUUUUGAUGAUGUUUCAACCCACUACUUUGUCUCACCGUCAAGAAUGGUUGCUGACACAAGUGUCAACUAGUCUUGCAAAAGUCCUUUACAUUAAGACUUUGCAAGUACAUGCUAUACUGAUGGAUAAUAGUUGUCAGCUCAUUACUUAUGAACUGCAUAUCUUGAUUAUCAUCCCACAGUCAAGUAAAUCAUCCGCAUACUGAGGGUCAAAAAGCCUUUUUCCAUGUGAUAAAUUGACACCACUACUAUCUACUUGCAUCAGGGAUGUUCCCAGUAUAUCAUCGAUGGUACAGUUAAAGAGGAAUAAUGAAACUGGGAAACCGUGACCGUGGACCAGGCACAUAUAUGCAAUGGUUCAAGUUGCCACACCUCAUUAAUACAUCAAGAUGAACACCAAAUUCAUAGAAGUAGUUACUUCAAUGGUAGUAAUAUAUAAAAGAAAGAUUGUGUAUAAGGAUAUAAUACAGGAAGGAAGAAUUAGUUCGUAGAAAGGUCUAAAGUAAUUUUAAACUCAUCGUUUAUGAGAAGACAAAAAGUGUAUACACCUACUUCAUUGUGAUCGGUUCUGAACCAUGUCACCCAGAGUCUCUAGCCACUGGUUACGACAGUCGCGCGGACCCCAACCAAGUAGUCAGCAUCUACACCAACAUGGCUUAGACCAGAAGUUAAUGACUUUAUGGACUGAUGCCAUGCUUUGGUUUGGUCGCUCCCAACUUUCUUCCAUCCGUCUUCAACACUAGUCAGCAUUGCGCGUCAUGGUAAUCGGUGGUUGGGUAUGCGUAAUACGUGAUCCAACCAUCUCAGUCAAUCAAGACUCACAACCUCAUCAACUGAUUUACCAUCAUUCCGUAAUACCCUGCGUCUAACCUCACUAUUACUUACCCAGUGAUCCCAGCAGAUGCUGGCAAUAUUUCUGAGACAUUUGUGAUCAAAUACUAGCAACUUACAAGUAUCCUCUACCCUUAAUGGCCACGUUUCGCAGCUGUAAGGUAAAAUAGAGAGAACGUCUGCGCAGUAUAUAUAGAUUGAUAGACGGAUAUCUCGCUCUCGACAUAGGUGACGUAAGUUAGCAAAAGCCAAACGAGCCUUUUGAAUCCGUACAAGAGAUUUUGUCAGACACCAAUCCAUUAGGGCUGAUCGAACUUCCAAGAUCAAUGAAGUUGUCGAUGCGGUCGACUACUUCAUUCCCUAUCUUUAGUUCAGGUGUUGACACAGACCAGUCCUGAAGCAACAACUUUCAUCUAGAGGGAGAGGAACGCAUUCCAAACUUCAUGGCAUUGUUGCUCAAUGCUACUAGAACACUGCAUUUUAUCAGCGUCUUCAUCAAACAGAACUAUGUCAUCUGUGUGGACCUCCUGGAAGGAGAUCAAUUCCUGAAAAUUCAGUCGACGUAAACGUUAUUUCUAACGGUAGGUCUAUGACGAAAGUGAGCAAAAAUGGAGAUAGUGGACAACCUUGUCAUACAUCACUUAAGGUUGCAAGAUCAGAUGACAGUUCUCUAUAAGCUCUAACUCGACCGGUAGUGUUUCAGUAAAGAGCCUUCACAUGGAUUAUAUACUUCUGAGGUACACCUUUCAAUGAUAGACACCAUUACUGGAGGCAUUCGUGCGCGAGACCGAAAGUCCCGGGUUCGAACCCCGUGUGAUAGCCCAAGUGCCCUGGUACGGUCAAAGGUGUGGAGAGUAUGGUCUCACAUGGCCGUGUGUAUACAGCCACUGUCAUAGAGAUCCUACUCACUGCUUUCUCGCUAUGGGGGUGUUGUUUACGAAAUUGAGACCAUGAAAAGCGAAUGUCCGGCGCUUCAACAGUAUCGGUGGGUAUGAAAGAUCUACAUAGAGGAGUUGUAAAACCCUGAUUCCAAACUAAUGGUGCACAUUGGCUCCAGGAUCCUGAAGGAACAAAAGGCGUGUGAACCUACUCUUGGUCACCGGCCACUAUGGGACUGUAUCUCCUUACGUUGCUCCACUGCCUUGUGGAUCAUACCUUUAGGACGAAUGCUCCGGGUGUGACUCCUCAAGAAGACCACCUGCUUCGGUUUGAGCACCCGGGCAGUAUCACAGCCCACACGCAAAUCAAGUGACUUGUGUGGCGCAUAUGUAUUUGGUGCCCCUUUGUACCAAUAUUUGUGUUCAAAUAAAUAAAUAAAAUUACUGAAAUAAAACAAUAGGAGGAGGCGGUUUUAUGAUCACACUCUCCCUGAGUUUUUUGUAUUCAGAGCUUUCAAUGUAUCAAUAAACUUCUCACACACACCUUCAACAAAUAAUCCCAUAGUUUACAAUUCUGUUCUGCGGAUUGAAGUCGGUCCGGAUAUCAAUAAACACAAUUAUCAUUGGCCUCCAGUAGGUGCGGCGAUGUUCUGAAAUUUGGUGGUGGGUAAAGAUAUAAUCAACACACCGAUGAUCAUAACAAAGGCUGACCUACUAAUCGCGAGACAAUAUUUCACGGAUUUUGAAAAAUCAGUCAAGUAUGACAAAAACCAAUAGUUUGGAUGCAGUAUAAAGUAGACUUGUCCCUCGAUAGUUGUUACUUGAAUGUCGGUCCAUUUUAAAAAUAAAAGGGGCUGUCGCUUCAUUCAAGGAUGUUGGGGCACUCACUACCUGACUUUUCUUAACAUAUUCGAUCGAUAGAUUUCUUUGAGGGAUAGUUCAGCUGGUGUGCUGCCCUAACAAAGAUCCUUUAGGACCUUCCAUUAGGGAAGUCAGUCACCAACCAUGGGGGACAGAACAAUCUAAUCGAUGUUGUUGGCAAGCAAUAUCCGUAAGUAUGGUAUGUAUUUGGCAAGUACUAAAUGUAAAGGACCUUUGCUAGACUUGUAGCAGGCUGCGCCCGCGCUCACUAUUGGUAUAUUGCCGUUAGAAGUAGUCGAAAAGUUUUUGUAUCCGGGUGGCUGUGUGAGCGAUGAUGGUGCUGUGAUUAAUAAGAGUAAUUUAAGUAUAUUGGAAGCCAAAGUGGAUCAUAUCAAUCUUGGCUACCUUUGGUGCCGUCGUGAGGCUAGUUUGGCUGUUAAAUGUCAGGCUUGUUUUAAUUUUGACUGUCGAACUGGCUUCAAUUUCUUCAGUCGAUCUUGAGUUAUUAACCUAGGAGUCGUCCAUGUUUAAACGUUGGACAUGAUUUAGCUUCUUAAAGCUGCAGACAUUGUUACGAAAUUCGGAUUUUCGUCAGAAAUGUUUACAUGCUAUAUUUUUAGGUGUAAUUUUGAGGUUCAUGUCGCUAGAUAGCUAGAUUUUAGCAGGGAAUUUACCGCAUAGAUUUCCAAUUGGGUAUUAUGCGAAAUCAAUCAUGAUAAUUGUGUACGAUAUCUGAAAGUUAUGAAAUAGAGCAACCAUCAUUUUGGUGUAGGCUUUACAUUGGUUUGUGUUGUCUGUUUUGUCCAUUUGUAAGAAUCGAUUAGCAAUUUCCUAAUAAUCUUAUUUUUAUACAAUAUAUUCGAUAAUAUUUAAAAGUAAUGAUAUUUAUUUACACCGCAUGCCUUUCUUUCAAACUGGUUGAUCCUGCCAGUUAUAUUCAUCUAACAGUUAGUGGAAAUAGUUGCUGUUUUCGAUGGUAUUAAUGUGUACAGUACUUGAUUUAUAUUAUGUUAUGAUUUCAGUUUAGACCUUAUUACGUUCAUAAACCGAGAUCUUCAUUCUGUGUUCUGAGUCAUCCAAGAAAUUUUUGUAUUGUUUUUUAAGGUGAAAGAUGAAGGUUACGAAGUUGCUCACAACGGUCGCUGUAUUACUGUUUUCUCAGCUCCUAAUUACUGUGACACAAUGCAUAAUCGAGGAGCUUUUAUUACAUUGAUAGGUAGUAAUAAACCCGGUGAAAUGUCUCCAAUGUUUACCAGCUUUACAGCAGUAGCUCAUCCAGAUGUGCGCCCAAUGGCUUACGUAAAUCCAUUACUUUCCAUGUUUAUGUGAUUUGUACAUUGCUUUUUCUUAUUUUGUGCCUUAAAAUGGUUACUGAACAUUGAUAGAUGCAUAUUUAAAUAAACACACAUAUAUACAGUUAACUUGAUCAAUGUAUCAACUGUUCAUUGUACACAUUAUAUUGUCAAAAUUCUCAUGUAACAUUUUCUUACUCAUUUUUGAUGGGCUUAGUUUUAAGUCAAGGAUUCUCAUGUCUGCAUUUUUAAUUCCAUUGUAAUGAAGUUACUUUGGGAAAAUGUAAAAAACUUUAAUCACAUUCUUAUUACUAUUAAUAUGAUUAUUUGUUAUUGCUACUACUACUAACACUGAUACCAUUGUUUGAAUUUGUGACGGCUAUUUUUCCAUUUAGUCAGACUACCAGUUCUCAUUCAUUUUAGGGUUAAUUUUGCAAGUAUAUUAGAAGAAAUCAUUAAGCUUCAUUUAUUUUAUCGUCUUACUGUAUCGUGUUUGAAUAAAAAUUGUGGGAAAUUAUUACUAUUAAAUCUAUAUAUAUCUAGCAUUGUUCCAGUCUAAUUUUUUUCAACCUAAUCGUCUUGGAUAAAUUAAAAUGAGGAGUUUAGAAGAUAAUUAAUUUUUGUAUUACCUUGCUUAGUAAUGAGGAUAUUUUGUAUAUUGAAGCAUUUUAAUCUGAAAAUAAUAGUGUUCACAUCGUACAUCAUAAUAGUUCUUGGAUAUUACAUUUAAGAAAGUGUAUUGCUGUACCGAAUAAGGUUCAGAACUUAAGGGGUUUAUAAUCAAGCAGUCAAUACUCAUUGUUCCUGCAUGAACCAACUGAAUACGAGGGCUAGUAAAAAGGCCGUUUAUGGGAUAUGUUCCACGUGAUUCGUUUCCAAUUGUGUAUAUGUCUUUCAUUCUUGUAUGCACAAUAUAGCGUUUUGUGGCAGUCAUUCACCUAAGCUGAGUUCACGCACGAAUAAUUUACUCAUAGUAUUAACCAUCUAAUGUAACGCAAUCAUAAUGCUUGUUUAUUGUUUGUUCUCAAAAAUUUAAACAACGAGGUUUGCGAGAUAAAAUGAAUCCAUUCUAUUUCACGGUUUCUCAUCAGUUGCAUACAACCUAAAAUUACAAUUACUAAUAUAAAUAUAAUUAUUAAUAAAUGUUUAGCAUACUUUAGUUUGUGAUUUUUAGAUAAAUUUUCGCAAUGUAUCCGAACUCAUAAUAAGAAGAAUAGGUACACAAAGUGUAUGAAUAAACAUAGUUGUUGUCGGAGUCGUAGUUAAAAAAAUUAACAAACGUUAUUGGACACAUGUCAGAUCACCAUGGCAGAAAAAGGCUUCUAGGUUACUCAGUUACUUCAACAACUAUCAUCCCAACAUAACGUUUACGAUGGAAUAUAAAAGAGAACCAACACAAUUUUUAAGUGUAGGACGGAAAAAUGAUAGAAGUUUUAAGGAAAGUAUAUAUAGAAAAAAACCAUGGAUAGGACAGUAUUUGACAGUUUUGGCCCUAUCAGUUACAAAAAUUUUCUAGUAAAAACGCUCUUCAAUACAGCUAAGAUGUUAUGCUUAAACGGAAAAAUAAAUGAGGAAUUGGCUAUUCUGGAAAAGCAUCUUAUAAAAAAUGGAUACCCGAGGAAAUUUAGUAUGAACUACGGAAAAGAAUAUUCCGAGGAUGAUUAACAACCAUCUAUCGUAAAUAAACCUGUCUUCAUCAGCCUUCUGUUCAAGGAAGGUGAUAUUUCAGGAAGAAUCGACUGAAGAUUGAAGGCGUCACCGAAAAGAUACUUCCCUGCUGCUCAACUGUUUCACCAUACAACACCAAGUGUUCGUUUUACCAUUCAAAGAUAGAUCAAUACUCUCCCGAUGUCACUCCCAAUUGUACCUGCUGCUGCAGGUACAUAGGAAGGACAAAGAGGACUUCUACAAAAUUUUCUUAACACACUCCUUGUAACCUAUAGCUAAGAGGAAUUGAAGUGUUUACAAGUGCAGUUGCCAGACAUCUCGAUAGUGGACAUGAAUAGAAUGUAAGUGAUGCAUCCAAACAUUAUUGUUCUUGCUCUGUUUAAAAGUAUUAUAUAUUUUAUUUACUCUUAAUAGGGCGGUAAGUUGUUCGAAUUCCU